AUGUUACUGAAACUCGACGUCCUUUCUUCGACUACGAUCAAAAGAAAGAAACCGUGGCCGACUUUGUCUUGGCUUGGCAAGGUGAGUUUGGAAUGGAAAAUAAUCCAGACGCUGUUGUACUGUGCUGUACUCCUGUUGGAAUUUUCCAUACCAUAGAAAACUUUAAGAGAAAAAUUAAACCAUAUUCAUUCUUAAUGAUUGGUUUAAAUCUAAAACCAUGCCUUUCAUAAAUAUAUAUUUUUUACCGGCCAGGGCAGAAUUCAGUAUUACGAAAUUGAUAUUGAUCGAAUCACAUUGUAAACUUAGGAGAAGACAAUAACAAAAGUAGCCAUUAACAUUGCUCUUUAGUGUCUGGAUACAUAACUGCAACUAGUCUGAUAAUUUUUUCGCUGUCUGUUCCAGGAUGUUGGAGAUCUGUACCUGUUUGACUCACGCCGCCUCAGUCAACUGUAUUUGCCUUCAGGAAAAACAAGGAAAAAAAUUCCUGCAAUACAAAAUUAUCUGGACGAUGUGCAAGGCUUCGGAAUCUCAGCUAAUGGUAAGAAAUUUAAAUAGAUCAUCCCAGACAGUCAAGAAGAACAAAGUUAUGAUGGGGUUCAGGUGUAAACUAGACGUAAUUUUUCAGCUUCCUCUUGCCCCAGACUGCAACAAAAGUCAGGGUCUUACAGAACAGAGGAGAAUGUGCUGCCUUUGCUUCGACAUCUGAAAAUGGUUAGAUUUUCUAUUCUUCUUGGAUAAGUUCAAUAAGCCAUUGGCCCUGUCUCCUUCAUGUAUCUUCUCUGUACUGGUUACCAGGGGACUCUAAAGAACCCAUGCACUUUUUGCAAAGAGUAGAGAACAAAGCUCCCAGUGUUGUAGUGUGGCCUUGAUUCUAAAAUUUGGGGCACUUGCAAAAAAAUUAUUUGAAAAAGAUUGUGCAUGUAAACUUCUCAAUGUACUCUUAGCUAAAGUCCCAUAAAAAGUGUUGUGAAUUAACUUAGAAUACCCUCCUAGGAGGAGAGUCAAUAAAAACUAUUGCACUACAUGUAUUGUGAUACAACUAUUGUUCAAAGUUUAUUAAAAAGAUGGGCAUUUUGACUGACAUUAUAUUUCUCGUUAUCUUGAUUUGUUGUUUUGCAGGUUUUUUCGUGGCUGGAGCAUUAAAUUCAGGCAAAGUCUUUAUCUGGAACAAAAAAUUAGGAACAGUCAAGUUGACAGCUGUGUUGGACAAGAUAAGAAAUGUGCAGCCUGGAACAAGUGAGCGGAGAGAAAUACCCACUUAUUUGUCUUUUCACUUUCUAUUAAAAUGUGUCUUCCUGAGGUGUUAUAUCUGUCAAUUAUCAACCUGAUCAAGAUCAUCUUAAUCUUUGUUAACCCUCUUCUGCCACUCCCUUUAGAUUUGCUUUUAGACUGUAGACUGUAUACAAAUGCACACAACAAUAAUAUGCCUAUUCUUGAACCGACAACCUAAAUAUUUUUGAUGAUGACAAAAUCUACUCAAAUAAUUUCCCUUUUUCAACCCUUUCGCUUUCUGUAGUUCUCUUUAGAAAUUCUUCUUACUGUAUGUCUACAAUUCUAUGAUGUUACUUUGGAGAAUUUUGUCAUGGAUCAGUUACACACAAUAAUUCCCUGACUGAUAUUUUUCUUAAUACUCAUUACUUGUCUGGUUGAUAUUUAAUUGAAUGAUAUUGUAAAGAGAAAAUUUUGUCCCCAGUUGGUCACUCAGGGAAGUUACAGGGUUUAAAAAUUGAUAUAUUGUAAAGAAAUUUUAAUGCAGAUGUUUUUUAAGUCUCGAAGAUUGAGGGAAUUUUACGGGUAACAAAGAGAUUAGUUCUUUAUUAAGAGAAUUGGCAUAUAUUAUUUGAUUCAUGUCUUUUUUUCUUUGUGUAUUUCUUGUGUGGUUAUCUCAAAAAGUCAUCGUAAUAGAUAAGUACUCUCUAAUUUUCUCCCUGGUAAUGUUUUACCAGAGAUCUUGAUUGCAAUGUUCAUAACCAUUGUUCAAAAUCUUGUGCAUUAUUAUCACUCAUUGUUGUGUUUCAGGACAAACCAGCCCUCGGCUGUACAUUUCAGACUGUGGCAAAAAAGUUGUUCUUCUGUCUGGAUUUCGUCACAUUUUUCUUUGGGAAACACAGAACAACAAUGAUCUUGUGAACAGUACUGGUGGUAGGUACAUGAAUUAAUAAGAAUUUUCAUUUAAUGUUACCAUAAAUGAGUUUGAUUUUAUCCUAAUUAUCCUUACAUGCAACCAGCAGUUGGAGACAUCUUGCGAGGCACAUGGCAUCAGAUUCAGUGUGGAGGUUAUGUUCUUCCUCAUGAAAAGGACAAAGAAACAGCAAUUGAUGGAGUCUUCUUUGUUGAUCCAGUAAGUAUCAGUCACAUUUAAGACUGUUAAGGAAAUUUUACUGGGAUUAUGUUUGAUAUAUUGGUAGAUAACUCAAUGACAGAAAACCACACAGAUCUGAAAAUGUGAAAGGUUGUUUAUACAUAAUAUGUACGGUAGAAAUAUUCUACACUACUCAAAUACUAGAUGUUUGCAUGCACCAUUAUUUUCAUGAUGAGCUUUAAUUUAACUUUUAACUGGUUUAACAGUGGAAACCACCGAUGGAGUGAACACAGAACAUAAAUUUUCAAACUCCCACAUGUUUUUUGGUAAACCUGUAUGCUAUAUAUUGCAGAGGAGUUUAACAUAAGGCCAAAGGAAAAAAUCAGUCUUCUCGAGUUCAGUAAAGAUUUUAAAUCAAAGACCUUCCAAUUAAACCAUCUGUACUACAUUUAAGCCUACAUGUACAGGCUAUGCUGAUGCAUAAUACAUGUUCACAUCAUUAACAGCCAACACUCUAACUUGAUGAUCUCUUAUCCUUAUUGUCCUAAGUGAUUUUUACCCUGUGUUUGGAAGGAUGCAUAAGAUUUUAGUAUAAGAAAACCCUUUUUUAAUGCGUUAAUGUACUAGCCUUUUCUCAGCCAAACAUGAAAGGGAUUUGGAGAAUACCAGGAGGUUUUGCAAACCCAAGAUGCAAAUGAGAGUUUGCAUAAUUUUGAAGAUUUCUCCCAGCUUAAUAUCAUAAGGUUAUUUCUCUUAAUGAUAUUAAAUGCUUAAAACUUUCUAUUGAAAAUAAACAAAAAUUUAAAAAUCUCAAUCAUGUUGAACCAUCAUGUACUUUCACUGGAACACACUUCAGUUUGCAUAACCAUGUUUACCUUCUCUUACAUGAACACACCUGAGGUAAGUGCAUGCAGUUUAAUUGUUUUUCUUUGAUUCUGUUUUAGGUUUGUGGUACAUCCUUUUCAUUAUCCUGGGUUUUCAACUUGGGUGACAGAAUCCAUGUCACAACACUUCACCUGCUAUGGCAAGGAAAAAGCUACACCUUUCAGGAGGGAGUCUCCAACCCUCAGAUUGAAGAAGGUAUGUCGUUGAUCAGAGAUUAUCCAAAUUUCUCUUAUUAGCUGUAAGUGAGUAAGAGUGUCAGUUCUCUUUCUGGGUGCAGUGCUAUUUUUUAAAAGUAAAUGUGGUCCAAUUAUACACAAAGAUAUUUAGAUUCCUGAAGGGGGAGAAGUUAUGUAUGGGUUAAGUAUAUUUUCUUAGAAUGUAACACAGCGACCUGAGCACAGUUAUAUAAAGAGUGGAUGAUGCUAUUCAACAGAUAAAUUGCUCUCUGGUGAAUAAGUCACCGUCCUCACAGGUGGACUUUAAUUAAUGAAUUUGCCAAAAAAAGGGCAACAAAAUUCAGGCUUUGGGGGGAUUGGAACCUGUGCCUCCCUGAUCAAGGUUGUCAUGAGAAGUCUGUAGGUUGUCAGACCAGUUGCACUGGCUGCUUUGUGAAUUAUGAUCAAAGAUGCAAAUAAAUCAUUUUGGAAGUGAUUCUAACAUCAUUAAUCAAUGUCUGGCUUAAAUAAGUUACUCAAAUAUGUCUCAGGAUGCAGGAAAUGCAGGGGAACAUGCCCAAUUAGGCCCUCUAGAAGGGCUUGUUGCUUUGCCAUGCAAGCACAAUUAAAUUUAGCACCUACUCUAUCCAGAUGAUACAACUCUAUUAAAUUUUCUGAUGACAACCCAGCCUGACACUAGUUAGGCACUAGUACCAACUGAGUUAUGAAGCCUUGUAUUGGGAGUGAGAGAAAUUCAUCAGGGUUCUUUGUUCUUUCCACAAUUCACCUGAGAGGAUCUUUUUAUUACUUAGUAUUAUUGGCACACCAAAUUAUUAUUUAUUUCAAUCAUUUAUUUCUUAAAAUUUAGUAGGUAAUAAUAACUCUUGCAGGUCUAGAUCCCCCCUUCUCUGCCACAUGGCAAACCUUCAAACACUCCUUGUGCAAUCUGACACCCGCUGAAAGAGUCAUGAAAAGCAGAAAGGCCUACAUUGCCAGAAUAUCUCCAGAUGGCCAAGUCAUGGUGUUGGCCAUGAAUCAGAAGUUUGCUGCACACAACAGAGUCAUGUUUUACUCACUGUCACAGACUGCUGUGGCUGUGAUUGCUGACUUGAAGGACUGUGGAGCCAAAAAGAAUGUUAAUAGCCAUUCACCUAUUGGGAAGUAAGUUUUGAAAUUGGAUUUCAAUUUGUAUUAGAAAAAAAGUAUUGCCUAUCAAACAAAUACCACAAUUAGACUCUGUUAAAAGUAGGUUUCGCAUAAAUAUGGGUAGUGAGCAUGUGUUAUGGUUGCAUUGUGUGAUUUUAGGGUGAGAGACCUCUGUAGGGGCUUAAACUACCACAAACUAACCUUUACUGCAGCCCAACCUGACAAAACAUUUCUUUCAUUUUUUUAAUUUCCAUAGUUUAAUGUUACCUUGAAUGAAUCUAUUGAGUGGAGGGUAAUUUAAUAUUAUUAACUAAGUUGAUAAUUUAAGUUGGCUACCAUAAAGAGUUUAAAAGCUCUAAAAGCUAGCUUUUAAACUCUUUAUGGUGGCCAAUUUACGUUAUCAACUCAAUUGAUAAUACUAAAUUACCCUGUUAUACUCAGUCCCACUGACACAGCACCACAGUUUAUUUGAUUAGAAACUUACCCCUUUUAUUGAGGGGAGGGUAUAAUUGAAUGGUCGAUAAUGGAAAAUAACCCUACAUUUCUAUUUUCAGAUCUUGGUGGAUUGCAGACAUGGCUUGGACCAGAGACAGCCUUCUGGUGCUCUGUAUCACGCGCCGUGGCUCUGUAGCUGUUUUAAGUAAGCUUGGAGAACCUCUAGAGAUUUGUACAGAAGGUUGUUCUUUGCAUACAGGUCCUUCUCUGUUUCUUCCUCUCCACCCCAAGAUAACAUUUCAGUAAGUGCACCUCUGUGUUUGUCUAUUUGGAGUAGUUAAGUCUUCUAAAAUUCGUCAUCUUUUUUUCCUCCUAAAUUGGCAUUGAUACAAAUCCAAAAGCCUGAUAAGCGGAAACAAGUUAAGUGCCUUCACGCACGGAAAACAAAGGCUUAACGUCAUUAGCUAAAUUUUAGAAUUUGAUAGGUUAAGAGAUUGGCCUGACUGUGUGGACCACUCUUAGAGCAAGCGGAUGAAAAGUUAUUGCAAUUUGGAAUUAUUUCGUCAGUCACUUGAAAAUUAUCUGAUUUCUGUAUUAGUUAGUUGUACAACCAUAAAACUACAUUUAUGCGGCUCACUUCCCAGAGACAAUUUUUUCCUUAUGCAGGAAGUCCGCAAAUGGUUUUCAUUCAGACUCCUCAGAGUCCUGUACUUCAGAAAAGGAUCCCCUCUCCCAGAGGUUCUCUGUGUCUGUCCAUCCUCACCUGCCUGUUGUUUUGAGCUCCGAUGGUUACCUGGUAACAGUGAUGCAGCUGCCGUCUCUCGCCAGUUACCAUGGCAUUAUGACAAGCUUCAUGAGAGACAUCACAAGGUGUGUACAAGUGCAAAUUACGUGAGGAUCUUCGUAUAAUAACAGCGAUGAAAUAAAUUGCAGAAAAGAGCCUGAAAAUAUUCAGACUUUGACGGGGUUUAAACCUGUUCUCAUUUUAUUUUCUUCAGUGUUUUUCAUCUUAUUAGUAUUAUUAUUAUUCGAUAACUAAGUUUAAAAUUAAAUUUUAUAAAGGGCGUAAGUUUCUAAAGAAACUACGGUGCUGCGUCGUUGGGAGAGUAUAACUGGGUAAUUUAGUAUUAUCAACUGAGUUUAAAGCGCAGAUUGGCCACCGAAAAGAGUUUCAAAGCUGACGUCUCGAGUGCUAGCCCUUCGUCAGAGCGAAUGGCUGAUGUCUUUCACGUCUUUCGCUUUCACGAAGGGCUAACGCUCGAAACGCCAGCUUUGAAACUCUGCCGUGGCCAAUUUACGUUAUCAACUCAGUUAAUAAUACUAAAUUACCCUGAGGUUAAAAUUUGCCAACUUUCUUCAUCUCUCUCACGUCUCAGACUAGUUCCAGACCUUGAUGUAGAGCUUCAACCGGGCACUUUGUCCCGCGUGUCAUCUGUGAGUAGAAUCAGCAUUCUGCAAUCAGAAGUGAACGCAACCCGUGGAAUGGCUUCUACAGAGCUUUUAUCAGAUGCUCCAAGUGAAAAUAAUUCGUCUGGGUCAUCUUCUGUUGUCCCAGGUCAGUACCUGACUGCGAGUGUAAAUUGGAGGGCGUGUUUUGAAUAUUGUGAUCAAUACCCUUUCCAUGAAGACAUGUAAAGAGAGACUCAUGACUUAUUCAUAGCAGCAAAACCUUUUUAGAUAAAUAAGGUUGACUUGUUUAAAAACCAGAAAACUGAGAAACUGAAUUUCAGAUGGGUUCGGAUGUCACUAACUAGCGUUUUUAUUGCGUUGAAUUUGAAGCCGAAAAACAUUAGUUUCACAAACUUCUGUGAGCCCUUUACACCCAAACAUCAGUAUGCAAACCCCAUCUACUUUUUUCUCUACAUUUCCUAAGGUACUGACAAGAUUUUUUUUAAUAAUUAAGAGCUUCUUUAGCCAGUAAUCUUUUCCCUCCUUCUCGUGACCUUACUGGUUUGAUUCAGGAGCGAUUUUGUAGAAGUUCGAUGCUAGCCACAAUAAAGCGUUAAAAAGUGAUUAAAAAAUUUUAAACUGUUUUUAACAAAACAACAGAAGAAGAAGAAAACCAUUGCAUUGAGGAAUUACUUUCGGCACACAUUGAAAAUUGCUCUUUAUGUUUGUUUUGGUUGUUAAGGUUAUGGCCUUGCAACUGGAGAUCAAGGUAUGAGUUUCUUUGGACUCCAUGACCCAGAACUCGACAGCUCCCCUCCAGAAUACACACCUGGAAGCCUGGACGCUAUCUCUCGUGCCCAGAGCCUCUCCAUCAUUGCUCUUGCUCUGGGGUCCGCUUGUGGGAUGAAUUGGAAACAAGAAGUUGGCCCUGCAAUGGACCUCACAGUCAACGUUGUGAUAAAAUUCUUUCAAUUUCUUCUUCGAAAUUCGGACCGCAUUCCACAAUCGCUUAAUUCGGCUAGGGCGCUUUCAUCUUCUCCUGGUGAUUUAUCAAAACGGCGAAGUCCCAGCCCAGUUUUAGACUCCCAGCUUUCCAAGGCGUUGCUGUAUUUUCGGACAGCGUUGGAAGUUUUCCAGUGGGAUGCCACACACAGAAACGUUUUCUCGUGGGCCUUCCAUCUCACUCAUGGCAUCGUGAAAGAAAUUCUACUCUUAAGAGACUCGAGCGUUGUUUACAGAGUUAGCAAUUCCAUGAGAGUGUUGAGGUUAGCCGAGCGUUUGCUUAAUCUAUCUUACUCGUCAAGCAGUGAAAAAGUAUCGGAUUUGCCUAUCAAUCGAUCUGCUCAGGAAAGUCAGGUUAAUCUCGGAGCUGAUUUGAAGAGGAGACAGGAUGAUGUCAAUAAAGCAGCUGAAUCACAAGGAAGUACUGCUUUGACGGGAAAUGAUGACAGCAUUUCAAAUUUAGACGCGCAUCAGCGAACUGUGUGUCAGACGCAUCUCACUGGGUCGUGGCUUUUGCUGUAUAAAUUCACCUCCGACGUGUGCAAGAAGAUGCAGAAGCGCCGGACUUCGUUGUUCUCGGCGCAAGAAGGAGAAACCAGAGGAAGCAUUGAAACACAAAUGGUCGAGUUGCUAUGUAAGAUUCAGGAAAAACUUCAACUGUUGGAUGUCAGAAUCCCAAGUGAUUAUACCACAAAGCCAGAGAAUGUCGAAGGUCAGAGUUUAGUUGUUUUUAUUGUUGUUUGUUUGUGUUUUUGUUGGUUAUAUAUACAUAUGAAAUCUUUAUUCUCUCCGGCUCCAUAGCUGCGAUUUUUUUAUUAAGCGAACACAUCCGGGAACCUCACACGCGGCAGGCUAACCUAACGGGCUAAGCCUAAUCUUCCAGCUGGUCCAUAGAUAUAAUUAUUUCUUUAAAAAAGGAAAGCAUAGAAAAAAAAAAACAUAACAAUAUGGCGGCUCUACCGUUGUUAUUUCCGGUGCUCUCCCGUAAGGCAACUCAACAUUUUCUUGUAAGAAAGGAGGCGAAGCCACAUUUGUCGUCGAAAUAAGCCUGAGUGAGUGAGCGAAUGAAUAAGUAAGUGAUGGUAACAAUAGAAUUCUGAUCUUGAUCCAGUUUUAACCCUAUGUUUUCCGCUGCCUCUUACUGUUUUCAUAUUUUUUCCUAGUGUCUUAUUAGUUUGACAUUCGCGCCCGAUACACAUUUGAGUUCUCUCCUGAAGUGAUUUCAGGCUUAUGGCCACUAGUGCAUGAUGUUUUUAGUUCUUAUUACAGAAGAUAUAAGAAGACGAUAAACAUCUCACAAUCAUUUCAGGAUUGCGAUUAAAAACACAAUGUUGCAUGCAGAAAUGUCUUAAUAGAUCUGAUCGGCGUAUCAUGACACCUAAAGGAAAUUUUUUUCUUUGAAGAAACAGCAUUUUUUCGUUUGAAUCAGUGACUUAUGCCCGAAAGAGACACUAACUUUGCGAUGCGAGCAAGCUGCGAAAUAAGACACGUUGAGUUAUUCAAAGGAAUAAUGCAACGGAGGAACGGUGGAAUGGUGGAAUAUCCUAAGACAUGGAUAGGCGGAAUAUCCUAAAACGCGGAAUGCCUUGUUGUAUGUAACAAAAGUCUCACAAAAAAUGGAAUCGCAAUAAAGUAAAAAAUUGUUUAUAAUUAACAGGCGAAAUUAAAAGAAGCUUACUAGUUAAUCAUUGUCGGAGUCCAUAGAAUAGGGGAACUAUGGCUUUCGAGCUAGCCCCUUUAUAUUGUUAUUAUAUUACGGAUUAUUUGUUACCAUUUAUUAAUCACUUGUUGAAUGUCAGUUAGUUAAUAUGUUCUUGCUUCGAACGUCAUGAAAAGGAUCAUUAUAAACUUGGGGUGGGGAGGGGGGUGUUAUCAUUGUAGACAGUUCUAUUAUUUUCGAAGAUUUUACGUACAAUCUGUACCCCAAAUUUCGAAUACUUAAUUUCCUCUGAGAUGAACAAUUAAUAGGUAAAGUAUUCCGUAAUCUUUCCUCUGUUUCUUUCUCAAAGGCGUGACCUUUUUCUUCGUAUUUUUCAGAUGUAAGCGCUUAUUUAGAUGGCAGCUUUCAAAACUUAUCGCAAGAGGGGCUUCAGGAUUCUUUGUUUUCAAGGCGGCGGUCAAGCGUACAGGGAGGGACAAGCCAAGAGUAUAAUCCCGAAAAGUCCCGUAAGUAUGAGUCACCCUAUAGAGAAAGCACUGAAAGUCUUAAUUCCCCCGCACGGCUGUAUACCACAGGAAGCCCAAGUGGCAAUGUGACCGAACAGGACUCCAAGACUCUUUUGUCGAUUCUCUAUAUUCAGCUUCAGCAGUACGAUCUUAGGUCUGCUCUUGAUCUUGCCUACUCAUUACUCGAACCGUCGCUUUCGUGCGAUGAAUUUCAAAACAGUGCACACUUUUCUCUGCUUCCCAGCGCGCCAAGCUCGUUUCAAAGGAGUAGCCAUCAUCCAAAUUCAAAUCAACUCAUGGAGGUUCUACUUCAAAACUAUCCUGUUGCACGAGUCGCGGAUAACAGAGGUAUCAAAGUGGUGCAAACGCUUGCAAGGUUCAUGUCGGCUUAUUUUUCAAAUCUUUCUCUCUAUGUUUAUCCUCCCUACCAACCGACUGAGCUUCCACCAUUCCAUGAACUUUCUUUCGAUAAAAACACGAAUGAAGAUUCUGAAGACCGUUCUCAAGUAACGGAACGUAUUGGGCUUGAUAGGGCCAAAGUAGCAGAAGCUGUGCGAGACCAGGGUGUUUAUGAGCUUUGGAGUGCCAACAGCACCGUAGAACUGUUGCUUGUAUCAGGGCUUAUAUUGGAAGCAGCCUGGUUAGCUAAGAAUUUGGGUGACUGGAAAAACGCGUUGUUGUUGUCUUUCGCAAGCCAAGUCGUGACUUCUAGAUUAUCCGAAAGUGAGACACAUCAACAAAAUCAACGUAUGUUCCCUCAACCACCGAAAGAGAUCACUACUCACGCUAUUGCAUUUUCAAGACUGAGUCCUUCGUUCAAGCAAACUAUUUCAGCCGCUGAAGAGCGAGCAGAUAGCUUGGCCGAAGAAAAGCCAGCUCUUCAUUCUUCGAAGGGUCAAAGGUCAAUUAAGCACGUUGUGGUGGAUGUCGGAACAGAGGCGGAUGACAAACUUGUGAAAGAAGUUUCUCGGGUUUUUGAGGCGGGACUGGUGGCGAAUCUCGACUUAGUGCCGUUAAUUUUCACUGGUUUGGUGAGCCAGUUGAAGAAUAUGACGUCAAUGUUUGAGUGGAUUGUACCUGAGGAAUUCUAUCUGCCCUUUCCACCGUCUUUCUGUCCACAACCAAUGAAUGCCAAGAAGGUAAUAGAUGAAAAUGUGUGAUUUUGAAUCAUUUCCGCCCAAUUUUGUUGGAUUUCGUUGAAUGGGAGGGAGAUUUUACUCGGUGAGACAGAUACCAAUACAGAAUUCAUGAAGUAAAAUGCGCAAUUCUUAAGCUUUGUAUAGGUCGAGAUUACUAGAAGCGAGGUUACCACAGAUUGGAAAAAAUGAUCUGCAAUUUGUUUCUUUUUAUUAUUUUUUUCUUGUUCACCUUCUCAGUGUUCUCCUUUUUAGGCAGUAACCGGUAACAUUUAGCACCUGUAGUACCUCUUAUUACCGUUUAAUAUUGCUUGGAAUUCUUGAAAAUUCAGCGUGUAAAAGGAUUGCUUUACCGGUUUGAAAAUUUAUUUUACCUGUCAUGCUUAAAAUAAGGGAGAAUACUGCCUUCUAGGCAGGCCCACCAUGGUUUUCUUGUAGUUAAUAAAGUUUCGUUGUUUUAACUGUUACUAUAUUUCUGUCAGGAAACUUUGUCACCUCUGGCAGAAAAAGAAGAGAGGCUCCGCUCUGAAGUGGCCAACAUUGUACAGAAGAUCUUUCUUCUGCUCAAAGCUUCUAACUGUUUGGUUCCAUGCGUGAGGUGGUACACAGAACAGCUUGUCAGCACGUCAGAGAACUGGUACAAUGUGAUAAGAACUGAUGCAGACUUUCCAGUACCUUCUUCAUUGACUGGGUAUGCUGAUCGUGGAUUUAGUUUCCGUGACAUUGAAGCAGACAAAUCCAGUCAUGUGUCUCCGAAGAAAAAAGGUGAAUGUGGUGAUAUGUUUUGUGUGUUACAUUCAAUAGCUUUGUUACACCGUGCCAAAAAAAGAAAAGUUCAUAAUGUAUUGAAGAGAUCCGCAAAAGGCUAUCAGGGUUAUAUUAGACAGUCUUCCCCACCCAAGUAAAGGGAAUCUCCUCUACAGUCCCCGCUGGUUUAAAAACGGAUAAAUUUUUUAUCGUAUGGAUAAAUUUAUCUGUGAAUAAAAUGGCUUUUCACUGAAAGAGUCUCCGGCGAAUGAGGUUUUUCUUAAGUUACUAACAGUUUGUCUGGGUUUUGGAGGAUUUUCUUAAAAAUAAAAAAAUUUAAAAAAACCAACAACAACAAUAUGUUCUCUUUUAGGGAAAAGAAAGCCUGAGGCAGCCUCCAGUGAAAAACAAAGGACAACUUAUCAUAAACCGCCAUCUUCGAUUGGAGUUGCGCUGAGCAGUUUUCGUGAUUUCUGUGCGAUUAUGUGGCUAUUGCACGCACGGGAUAAGAUGAGCAAAUCAUCCAGGAAAUUCAGAGAGCUAAGGAGCCAGUCUACAGGUAGUGAGGAGGUGAGCAUGUUCAUGCCGGCUAAUCAGUUGAAGUAGAGACUUAUGAGUUAGUUAUCUGAAGGAAACUGCGACAAAUGAACUCCAGCUUAACGCGAACCUUGUACCAGCUGCACGAGGCGAUUAGGAAAAACGGGUGCGAAACGCGAGGGUAACACGGGGGGAAGAGAGGAGUUUUUUUUUUCACUUCCUCUCCUGCGCACACUUGACAUUUUUCAGCAGAGAGAUGUGUGGGCUCAUAGCAGAACGUUUCCUAUUUUCAUGUGCAAAGUUUCCGUCGGAGAGUUCGUUUGAUAACAGAGGGUAGUUUUUAUCUAUCUUUAAAGUACUCGACGUAUUUGACCUUGUUUGAUUUUUUGUUUGAAAUUUAUACUACUUUUUACUAUAAAUGUCUUUCUUAAGGAGGUCACAACAAUCCAUUCAAUUUGUUGGGAGACCCUGCUGUGGACCACGAGAUUAGCUCCCUUCAGCUCUUUACUUGGAGCCACAGACAAGAUCAUCGACACUUUGCUGACCUUGUUGUCGGAGCUGCCUCCUAGUACAGCAACAGCAGAACUUACAGCUCAGUUCUUCAACAACCCAGACGUAGUCCAGACAGCGAGUGGAAGAGCAAAGCUGAAGCGUCUCAUGGCCCAGUUUAGAGGAGUCACUGUGGGAGAAGACAACGACACAGACCGCCAAGACGAACCCCUGUCAGUUUUUUAUCGUAAGAAGUGCAUGGAUUGGGAAGAAGAAAUGGAUGAAAGAGAAAAACUUUUCGGCAAGGUUUGCGAUCAGUUUUUCGACAUUAAGGAGGCUUCCGGGAACAAAUCAGCCGAUGAUGAAGUAGGAGUCAUAAUGCAUGAUGGUGGAGGUUUGGCAGUUGGAACGGCCUUGUUUGAGACACAGCCAUCUUAUUUUCAGUUUCUGGAUACUUUUUUCAUGAUAACUGUGUCCAAAACUGUGAUGACUUAUCAUAGUAAGGCAACAUAUCCCGUGCCACUGUUGUCCUCCUACAACAAACAGCUGUUAGUUUCAGACACUAAGUCACUUUCGAUGCUGCAACAGAAGACACACAAUGAUACCCCAGCCAGACCCAUCAAGGGCCCCUCUAGUCUUUUCAGAAGCCAAAGCUUUACAGAUGUGCGUUCCUCCAGACCCAAACCAGUGACCACAACCUCAACUAUGGGGUCUGAAACGGAGAUAAAACGCAGCAGUAGCUUAAAUGAUGUAGCUAGCUUGGGCGUCCACCCUGGGAUUCGGACUCUCGGGAGUCAGCUACUUGAGCUUCUUCCUAGUCUGACCUGGCUCAGUCGCUGGACCAUGGAAGGUUCAUCUUUACCUUCGAGUAACUUCAAUCGCAGCGCUCCUGGUGGCACCGAGUCGCUUCCAGUGAUGCGGGUUAAUGUCUCGCUUCCACUUCUGGUGAAUAGUUUAUGGUGUUUGCAAAAUGUUUAUUGGCCAUGGAUGUUGGAUACAGAGGUCAUAGUUGAUAUCAAGGUCAAAAGACCAAAGAUUUCUCCGCAGAAACAACCAAUACGUGACGUUAGAGAGCGCUCGCCUGUUUCAACAGACGCAGCCACGCCACCAAGACCCUUACGGAAAGUUCUAAGUGACUCCAAUCUCCAAAGAUCUGAAAACAAUUCGGCGAAACGAAAUAGUAUUGCUGAUGAAGGAAGAGGGUUACGAGGCGAUUACGGUUAUCAGUCAACGCCGGAUAUGCUAAAACGAUCUCAAAGUGAUUUGAAGACUUCUACGCGAAGAGAAAAAACAGUGUCAAGAAGGGAAUUCCCAGCACAAGCCCAGAAAGAAGGAAUAGAACUCUCAAGGCCACCUCGAAAAGAUUUUCAACGCAUCAGAAACCUUGAUCGCAUUCCCAAAUCGAACAGUGAACCAAACAUCCCGAAUAUUAUUAUACAUAGUCCCACGACGGACGAAGAAAAGGAUUUGAGUGGCGCGUAUAAAAAGCGACACUCGCUGCGAGUCAAUGGGAAAAGUGACUUCCCUGGUAGCCCGACGACUUAUCACUCUGAUCCAGGUAUGAGUAGUAAAUGAUCCCAUUUUAACUACCACGUGGUAUCAUUUAGUGGAGCAGCGGUGGCUCAACGGUUAACGCGCUGGACUCCGGGUCAAAAGGCCUGGGCUCGAGAUGUGGCCGUGUCAUUGUGGGUAAAAUACCUUGCUCUUAAAAAUGUCUCUCUCUCCACCCAAGAUUAUAAAUGGGUAGAGGCAAACUGUCGGUGAAAGCUGACGAUCCUAUCCAGGGAGAGUAUGGGGGGGGGGGGGGCAGUAGUGAUACUCUUAGUCGCUUCAUGUUACGGAAAUGGGGAUACGCUCCAGCUUAAGGCGCCACUUUACUCAAGUGGAGACGUUACUAAUUCAAAUUGCUUUCUAGCUUUAGUUUCCUUUCCCUUACAGAGUUAACUUCUUCUGUCAAACAAGUCGUAACUUCUACUCCUGCUAAGUCUAAACGUUCACGGAAAAGUAAAAGAAAGGAACACAAAGAGGAAAAAAUGACGAAUGAAAGCGAUCAGCCUGGAAACAAAAGACGAGAGGAAGAUUUGGUUGGUUGGAAAAUACCAGAGCGCGAUGGUACAGCAUUCUAUUUACCGUUUAAAGUGCAUUUUUUUUUAAUUUAGCAAAAAGUCUUAAAGGUGAUCUCCUGCAAUCCGUGUCAGUCUUCUUCUUCCUUUGACAUUCUUGUUCCUUCUUGGAUUAUUAUCGCGUUUUAAAUCUUUUUCCGUAUUACCAAACUUCUAAUUCCUUAACGAUCUUAGCGAGUUUCUCUCUUAACUCACAGACGUUUGCAUGUGUGUUAUAACAAGGAAUUUUGUCAUGACUAAACAGUUAUGCUCACUGAGUGACCUUAACCAGUCAGAAGUAAUUCUGUUAACAGUCUCAGCUUGGUUGUGCACUCUUCGGUUCGUAUCUUGUGUAGUUUCUCUGAAUUUUUAGAGGUUCAUUUUUUCGAUUCGGUUUAUGAUUACUGUAUGUUCCUAUCUUGAUUCUUCGAACAGACAUAGCACAGAUACACCGACCAUCUUUAGUAGCUGAAGAAAAAUCAAUCCCCACCCAUCCAAUGAUUAGAACAGCUCCGUCACGUCAAGGAAAAAGAAAAAAGAAAUCUUCACGAGAGCAGAAAGAGCCGCAAGAUAUCGAUGGCGUGGUUACAAAGGACUUUGAUGGCGUGAUCACUCAGGAAUUGGAUGACGUGGUCACUAAGGACGUGCAGCCAAGAAUCACAGUAGAUUCAAAUGAGAAGAGUCAGUCCUCAGCAAUGACGGUACCAGUGUCUCAAAGUCAAAUGGAACUGGUUCUUGUUGUGAGGUGAGAUGACUGGUUACUCGAUAGUGUAACGUGGUCGACUAAUAAAAUUUGGGCCAACUUCUCAAUCAGUCAGAUGCGAACCAAAACCAGGAUCUGAGCAAUAUUGAUUUUACUUCAAAUUUUUUGUAGGCCUGGUGUUGGUAGUGAUGCUGGUGACACUGUGCAGGCUGGUAUGCCUGUUCUUCGUAUACCAACAAUGCUGGGGAACGUUCAAAGCUCAGAAUUAAACAUACCAACCCCCUCCGGCAACAAUGGACAAACAACCCGUGCGGAAACGGCGUCGCAAACGGAUCACAAGGGAAUGACGUCAUCGGGCUUUCAAAUGCCAGAGCAUUCUGGGAUUUCAGCUGGGCAAGGUCACAUGCAUCGCGAAUCUGAUCAAAGUAUUGACAAUCGUGUUGAUGUGCAGAUUGUGGCAAAAACCGCCUCGGUUCAAACUGAAUCAGGAGUGGAAUCAAAACCGGAAGGUCCCUUGCCUUUAUUCCCUUUAUUACAACAGCAGCAAGCCUCAAUACUGCAGAAUCAACUUUACUACCCUACAAGCAAUCUGCAACCACCAACAUCACAGUAUGAAGAUCAAAAUAGAGCUUCUUUACCUUUGCUUCGUUUUCCAUUUUCUGAUGCAUCUUGCAAACUUGACCUGAGCAAGAUGAGGCUUCUUGAAAUUCCAAAGCGAGGUACGGACCACUCUUUGUUGCAGUUACCCGAAUCAAAACCGUCAACAGCUGAAUCUGGUAUCCCAGAUUUGAGCAAAAUCAAACUCUUGGAAUUUCAACCCAAGAAAGAACUUUGGAAGAGUACCGCUGAACCAAAAGGACAUGGCACUGCACCUAACAACUGGGCCUUACUACGUAUGCCUAAAAAUCAAGCAUCCUCAAAUGGAGUUGACCUAAGAAAAUUGAAACUUUUGGAAAAUCCGCCUACACUUCGUGAAGCAUGGCCGCUUUUAGAAGCUCCAAGGAAAGCGGAAACACCGAAGCUUAUUCCUUUAGAGAAAAUAUUAGCAUUUGAGAAGGAUCUGAGGGAAAAACUUGCACCAUUCAGCAAAAGCACGCGUCACUGGCAAGAAAAGGAGAACAUCCAACCCAAUGAGGAAAAUAGACUGAGGCAAUCUCAGAAGAUUAUUGAACAAGAAAACAGGAGAAAUACAGUGUCAAGGUUAGGCUUCCCUUUUAAUCUCAAUAUCUUAAGAGUUGAUUUUUCUCACUGGUGACCUUACAUACCCAUGUUGAUCAUUCCUCAGAGUUUGGUGUUUAAUCAACAUAAUUACUUUUUUUGGUUCUUGAUGAUUUCCUUUAUUCCUUGGAUCGAAUGUUUGACUGUUUUUUGCUCUUCACAUAAUGAGCAUUAAAAGGGCUGUGAUCGUUUUCAAAAUUGUUCACGUAACGUUAGCUAGGUUCUCCUUCACUUGUGUUGCGCCCCAACCCCCCCCCCCCAUCCCCUUCUACUCAUGGGUCGUCUCCUAGUAGAGAUCAGGCGUAAGGGGGGGGGAGGGGGGGUGGGGUGGGUGGGUAGGGUAAGUUAAGAUUGCAGUUUUCGAGCGACUCAAAUUAUGCGGUAGUUUGUUUCGCUAUUACCUUCCCCAGGCAACUAAUAAGUAAAAGCUAAGCAGGGAACAUGCAUAUUUAACGAGAGUUACGUGCAUGCGUAUUUUGUGUCGAUAACUAAGUCGCGAGUGAACUCGGUAGGGUGGAAGGAAUGGCUAGUUGCGUUGCCCAAACAAACUCACAUUAGAUUUCCCGCUAGCUAAUUCGACAAGUGGGGAGCGGAUAAGGAUAACGAUCAACUUUUGAAAAGAGAGGGUAAUAUAUUUUUUCCGGUUUAGUUGCAACAGGAGAGUUAGAGUUCGUCUUUUUUCGUUUUCCUUUUUAGACAAAGAAGAAGGCAGGCUUUGGAAAAGCAGACUAGACUACGUUCUUCAUCUCCCGUUUUUAAAAGCAGGCCAGGAGGAAAACUUUCUCGCAACAAAUCCAUUCAGGGAAAGGUUAUAACAGUGCAACCCGUGAAAAGAGAAAGAAGAGUCGAUAAAGAACCUCCUAAGAGGCAAAAACCGGCGAAAGAACCAGCUUCUAAGAAACCAAAAUCAGCUAAAGAGCAAUCGGUACAGAAACCCAUUUCAAGGAAGGAUUCUAAAAAACAGGUUAGCUUGAGUGAGAGCGAGUUGGAAUUAUCAGAGAUUUCUGAUCAGGCUUGGGAUGUUUCCGAAGAAGAAAAGUAUUUCCGGGCUGAGAAAAGUCCAGAACCUUUUUCUUUCCGGGAGCACGGGGACCAAGGAAACAGGGGCGUAAAAAAGGGUAAAGAAAGAGGGGAGAAGGAAUCCAAGCCCGAAGGAUUCGGGGAGGAGAUACCAGGCCCCCCGUCUAUGCGGCAUAUGAAAGAAAGAAUUGGAAGGAAGCUUCACGAAGUUGAUCAGCAAAUGUCUGCUUAUCGCAGUGGAAGUCCCAGUUGGAAGUCUCUUUUUGAAACUGCACGGCAGGGGACUGGUGAUGAACGACAAGGAACGAAGCCCUACGAACGUCGACAACCGCAGAGAACCAUUGGAAUUCAAGUUGACGAAGUGAGGAGAUCUCCCCAGGAUGAUCCCAUGGGUUUUCUUCAUCCGGGCAUGCUCGAUCGUGGUGCAACUAAUAUUUUGAAAGUUAGUUCCAGCUCGCAAACAGAGCAAGCUUCCGCGCAGCUGUUACCAAGGAGAGACCUGGUAACGUCUGGUAUUCAAACGGAUAAAGGGGGUGUUGAUUCGGAUCACGUGACAUCCCACGCACCUAUCUUGCCGCCAGACAUCUUUUUGAACCUUCAAAUGCCCAAACCUUAUCAAGAAAACCAAGUGGGUGUUGACGUGAUAGAUAGGUCUCGAGAUCUCCACCCAGUUGAUGAUGACGAAACUGUCAUUGACAAACCUCUCUCUAAGCGAGGAAUCGAUAAGGGAAGGGAGCCUGGUGAUGUUGCCCUUGCUGUUUCAAAGGUUACUGGGGUGUCCAGGGGGAGGCAGUUCCUUAGUGUAGCUGAUAUAGAUCAUGAUCAGUGGUUGGAAGUUCAGAGUACCCCUAUGACGUCUGCAAACGAAAUAGACCCGGAAAAAGAAGGAAAUAGAGAGGAAAUUGUUGAUCAGCGGGUUGAGCUUCCAUCGGAAAAAGGUAAGAUUCACAUGAUUUGUAGUUUUUUUAUUUACAUACACUUUUCAAAAACCAGCUUCGUAUGCAGUCCGUUGGUGCGAGUGUUUGCUUUCGACGUAGAAGAAUAAGUCAAGCGCGAAAACACCUGAUAAUUGUGAGCAAGUGAGAUCCUUUUACAAUCGUUAAGUGUUAGAAGAGCUAUAAAAUCUUUUGACUACGCUGAAUGCCCCCCUUACACAGUGUUCAAUCUCGAAUUUAGUCAAAGUGGGUCAUAUGUCCCGCAUCAAGAACACGACCAUUAAUAGCAAGCUUUUUGUGGACAGAUAUGUCAGUGUUUUUGUCAAUGAAUAGGCUCUCAAAUGGAGCAAUUUAUUGUCAAUUCCAUUUCGUGUUACUGUAGCAAUGGAAUCCAGCAUGUUAUUCGCCGUCACAUUACUUUUGUAAGUUGCAUUUUAUUUUCCACGACUGAGGUAACCUACGUACUGGCACUAUAACUGUGCAAGGAAAGACACAAGACUUUUAUACUUGUGCACUGGAAACUAUUCCUCUGCUGCCCAGUUUACUGGUUUCAAUUCAACCAGCACUGCCUCUUCUUUUUCAUCGAGAACUUCUCUCACUGCACGCUGGAAUUCACCUCCCAUCGGCUCUCAAGGCGUCAGCAUGAAUGUGGUGAGCCCAGAGGCAGACAACCCUGUGGGUUUGAGGCCGCGUGACGUCAGUUAUUUGAUACGCUAGUUGAACUCUUACAUUGUUUGUAAUUUGCAAUGGUCGAUCUCGGCAAGACGCAAGUGAUCACGUGAAAUGUUUCAUAAAUACCGCAAAAGGUAAUAUUUCGUCCCCAAAAUCAGUCAGAUGAAUAAAGUUCACUUACCUUCGUUUUUCUGCGUUGUCUAGAGUGACUUUGCAGGGUUUUGUGACGAUUAAUUCCCCACUUUGCACUGAUGCCCCUCCAAAGGCAAAGGAAAAGCAAAGCGUGCAAAAAACAUUAGUUCAAUCAGAACGGAGCUGUCAGUAGUGGCUUCGUUCUGAUUGGCCAAUAUUUUUUCCGGUUGCGGAACGGAAGUAGUAAAUAGUUAUGGGGAGGGCUGGUUUGUAUCGCCUUUCGACUGACACACCAUGCGCUGGCGUGAGGAGGGCCGAGUGAAAUCUGAGCUCGGUUAGUGAUUAAAUUGAAAUGUAAUGCGGUUAAUCGAAGGCGUAUGAUUCACCACUUCGGUCCACAUCAUGUGUCGACGGCGGAGCGAUGAGCGAAGAUCAGAAAUCGAAUAGGCUUUUGAGGUGGUUAGAGGCGGGCAAUUGCACUGAUUUUUGGCUUAUCUCUUACAUGUUUGUCGAAUUUUAACGUGCCCGAAGCUGAGAGGUGAGUGACAUUUGGAAGCGGAAGAAAUUCGGUGAAGUUCUGGAGGUUUUCGACCCAGACGGUCCUGGAAGUUGCACGCAUAGUGUUUUUCCUUUGCCUUUGGAAGGGCAUCGGUGCAAAGUGAGGAAUUUGCCUCAAAACCCCGCAAAAUCACUCGAGACAACACAGAAAAACGAAUUUAAUUGAACUUUAUUUAUCUGACUGUCAUUAAGCGGAUUUUGGGGAUGAAGUCACGAUUUGCGGUAUUUAUGAAACAUUUCUUGGGAUCACUUUCGUCUUGCCGAGAUCGACCGUUGCAAAUUGCAAACAAUGUAAGACUUCAACUAGCGUAUCAAAUAACUGACGUCAUGCGGCCUCAAACCCACAGGGUUGUCUGCCUGUGGUGAGCCACGUGCCGUUCAAGCGUAGAUGAUCGAAAGUUAUUCGUUCCCUUGGUAAAUGCAUUGUUCUUUUUGUACUUCACACAAAUUGAGCAUGACAUGCCUUUUUCUUUGUCAUACUGUAGUCAAGGGUAUACAUUUUUCUACGCAAGACGGAAUUUUCUCACAAUACUCGUUGAGUUUGAGGCCGUUGGCUCUUGAAGUUCUGGAGGUUGACUUGUUGUCGAACUGACCCCUUCAGCUUCACUGUCCUCAUCCAGCCUAUCUUCUUGAUUUUCAGGUUCAACUGCCAUUUUCUUUUGCUUAAAAAACACACUAACCUUUUGUUGUCGUUUUAUAAUGAAACGUAAACACAAGAACAAAGUCAGCAAACAAAGGGUAAAUCGAUCGGUAAAGCAAUGUAAGCAAAACGUCGAAGUAGGCUCCAGUCUCUCUCUGAAUUGCAUGGAACGCCUGACACUUUUGCGUCAGUAUGACUCCACAAUCAUUUCAUUUUGCGUCAGAAUAGAAUACUCGGGCGUCGAUGAAGCAAAAAGGCGGCCUAAAUUAAACACUGCCCACAUAGCCACUGUAUUUUCGCGGUUUAGCUUCUUGUUGGGUUGUCAUUAGAUUUUUAAUUAAGAUUUUAACUUUCCCUGUUUGUUCGCUAUGAUGCGCAGGCGAAAAGAAAAUGUUUCAGGCUUGGCUAGGAGGUCUAAGGCUUAAGUUUGCUAUUAAGCCUUUAAUUCCCAUGAGUGACCAAGGCAGAAUUUCUCCUUUCAAUUUCAGUACGGUUAAGCAGACAAGUGAUGAGAAUCAAUAGAUAUACCUGUUAAGGGAUUGUUAUUCGAUCAAAUACCAUAUUCUCUGAACCAACAUUUAAUGAAUUGCAUGGCACAUAGUGAGGAGACUCACUAAUGAGAUCUUGGAAGUAUAAGGGUUAAAUCCUUGCAUUUGAACCUCUCACCCCAUGUAUAUUUCAUCCAUUCGUUGUGCGAUUCACGUUAAAAGGAAGCUGAGCUUUGGCGUAAGAUAUGGAACAAGACUGAUUCCAGUAUGUCCACGGGUGAACAAUCUCGACAACACAAACUUUGCUUUUACGAGAGAUAACCACAAAUGCCAUUCCUGACAUAAAUUUUCUAACGUAAUUUUCUAUCGUAAUGUUUACAGAACAUUGAAAAAGCGAGAGAAAUUUUAUGGAAAAAAUGAUAGGUCAUGGGGUUCGUUUAGGAAGAAAUUUCUUUCUCUUCGAUAAAUUUCUGGCAACAUGCCUCCGUGUUACGCGAUUGAGUGCGCACGGUAAAUUAAGGGUUUGCGCGCGCCACUAUGCGUGGAACAGAAUGUUCAUUGUGAUACUAAUAAAUGUUCUUAAUUAACUUCCUUUGUGUCGUUUUCCUCUUUUGUCAAGUAUCAUCAGAAAAUCAAAGCUACCAAUCGGAAGAAGAGGAGUCUAACGAUAAACAAGAGAACGUGAAGUAUACAGAGGGACCUGAUAAGCUUACAGUAGAAAUAAUGGACUCUACGGACGAUCCUGUGCAAAGGUCAGUCGUAUGGAAAUACUGCGCAAUAAUAUACUAGGGCUUGGCUGUUCGCUGUUACUGGAUAAAUCUCCAUGGGUGGAUAGGGCAGCAGGCGUAGUUAACGCGUACCCACUGGAUAUCAAUUUAUCCGUUGGAUAAUGUUAUCCGCCCUUGGAACAAAUUAAAUUUAAGACAACAUCGUGUGGCAUGGAUACGAUACAACAUAAGGAAGCACUACUCAGAUGCUUUCGUUUGUAUGGUCACCUAAGAGGGUGUUAUCCGCAGGAAAAAAAGUUAGAACAAUCUUCAACAAAAGGUACAACUGAGUUGAUAAUGAAAUACAAUGAACGUUACCAUUUGUCAAAAUUGUUGAAGUUGGCUCUAACGAAGGGCUAACGCAUCGUCACAAACAAAACUCGAAACCAAACAAAAAUGACCGACUUUUUUCUUAAGGAAACAGUUGCAAAUGAAGGUUUUUUCUUUUUUUUCUUUUUUUUUUUUAGUUUUUAACUUUUACCCAACUUGAAGCAUGUUGAACACUCAUUUUCGCAUGGCGAGCUGAGGGUCAAACGCUUAUUCAACUUGGCGACAAUAUUUUUGUUAUCAUAGAGGCCACGGAUAUGUAGUUACGUGCGAUCUAGAGCUUGUAGACUAUUGAAGCGAGGUCAGGGGCUCACUAAUGGGAACUUCCUGCUUGUACCUGUCUUUUGGAAUUUUCAUCCCCGUUUCGAACUUUUGAUACGACUGUAACGAGUGGCAAAAGUAGUAGACAAGCCUCCAUCUCAACAUAACAAACAAAUUUUAUUAUUCAUUUCUGAUAAGUUACUUGAAAGCUCGGGAAAAAAGCUAUUGUACAUUUUGUUAACACCAGGCAACAUCGAAGUGGGGGAGAGGGGGAAAAAAAAAAGUUAUAGAAAAAGUCAAAAAGUAUAAGCACCUGCCAAAACUUUUGCCACUCAUUGAAACUUCCAUUUGAAUUACUUAACAGUGUCUUAUUCCGUGACUGGAUAGUUAGAGUCGCCUUGUACAGCAUGAUAAGCUAUCGACUACCAAGGUAUUGCCUGGAAGCAAUUUUGCAUAGUUAAGAUUAAUUUUUUCUUCUCAAUUUCAGAUUCUACCCGUCACCAUUUCCAGCAGCCUCUCGGUCAAGUGCGAGAGCAGUGUCUACACAAGUCCUUAACGAGAGAAUGAAGGAAAUGAGUGAGAGGAUUGAAGCAAUGGAUCAAAUCACACAGAACAUGGAUAGAGAGUUCAAAAGCUCGCGCGUAGUAAGAUUUGCCAUCGUUUUAAGAACUCUGAUUGGGAAACGGGUUGGUCUGUCAAAUAUACAUUUAAAAAGAUUCGUGAACUGAAACUUGCCAGAUCAUUCAUCAAAAUUUUUUGUCUCUAAUUUUUUUUUUCAGUUAUGUCAGGGAUGUUCAUUUUCGUAACAGAGGCCUUAAAAAUGACUUUACCCAUCCCCAACCAGCUUAUUGUUGUUUUCUGUACCGUUAUAUGACUAGGAUAUAUCCAAGAGUGAUGCGUUGUCGAGUUUUUAGAGUUGAAUUACCAAGAACUCUGUUGAAAUGGGGGAAGUACUCGCUCGGCUCCUUUUAAAAGUAGGAGACUUCUCCUAAGGAUGCGAACUGAACUUGAGGCAAGACAGCUUCCUUCCGAGAGUAUCCUCGACUGGAGUUCCCCGCAUUGAGUGCCUUCCUAGUUGACGAAUAAUUCUAAUUUUUUUAUGUAUCUUUAGUUAAAUAGGCAAGCAAAGUUUGGAUUUUCAAAAUAACGGGAGGACUGAAACGUCAAAUAAUUUUUGUCAUUGUUGUUGUUGUUUGUUUGUUUUUUGUUUUUAAGGUAAAUCUCGAGGUUCUAGCUUAUGCUGUUAAUCGAAUUUUACUUUACCUUCCACGACUUUACCUCGGAUGCCAAACCUAUAUAUAAGACUAAGUUUUCGUUUGUUUGUUUGUUUUAGCUUCUCUCUGCUAUUCAAAGUAUUGAUGAAGUACUUAAUCCAUCGUCAAGAGCAUCUUCUGCUGAAGUGAUGUCUUCAAGAGGAUCCGUUGGUUCGCGUAGGGAAAAGCCUCGGAGAUGGGGCGACACUGCUCCUUGGAGAAGGAAAAUAAAUGCUGCGGUUGGUAAACCACCAACUACAAUGGCGUCACAUUCUGAAGGUACACUAUCAUGGGCCUUGCCUACGAACAGAAAAAUUUGAUUUAUUUAUUACUGAUUGAUCACUCGUUUAAUUGAUUUCCUCGAGAUUGAGCUAUAUUUGGAAAGUCUUUUCUGACAUUGUAUGAAAAAAAAAAUGUAUAAGUUUUUUGUCGUAAAUAUUUCUUUUUCCUAGCGAAUUUUCUUAGAACGUCUCCGGUUCAUUACAAGGCUGCCGUCUUAUAUGGUUGUUAUUGACGUUUAUAUGCUUGUUUGUGUAUCGAUAAGAUGUGGAAGACAGCAUUGAUGUCCAUGCAGACCCUGUAGAUAAGACCGAGGAUGUAGCUUCCGAAGCUGAUAUUAGGGAUGAAAAAGAAGACAUUGAGGAAAAACUUAGCAGUGGAGGAGAUGAACAGGAUGACCAGGAAGGCUUACGUCAGGAGGAACAAGGCGAAGAUUUGAUAGUUGCUUCUGGUGAAAGUGAAGAAAUCGCUUCAAAUCGAGAAGUGGAUGAUGAAUCCAAACUUGAGCAGAAUUUUCAACCUAAGGAAGGAGCAUCCGUCGAAAAGAGUGGAGUACCUUCAUCCACGCCACGUGAUGAAACGAGGUAAAUGUAGCGAAAGUUUACUUAACUCUAGGUACGAGUCAGUUAUACUUUUUUACUCCAAUGAACUGAUUAGCGGUUUUCCUUUCUUUCUGCGAUGCUCCUUCUUGUAGAUUGUGAUACAGUAGAACCCCGCUAACUCUAACUCUAACUCCCAAGGCUAACAAAAAAAUGAUUCGAGUCAGCGGGGGUUCGAGUCAGCUGAUAGUAAAUCACAAAAAAACGGGAUCAAGUGAAAUCGGAUGUUGUUCGGUGGGGGAGGGGGUGGUUCGAGUCAGUGGGGGUUCUACUGUAUGUCCAUAUGGACUCGUGAAAAAAAGUGUCUGUUUUUAUUUGAUACUCUUAGGAAGGAAAAAGCCCGACCGUUGUCCCAGCUGGAGUCACUGACAUUAUCACAAGAUAAACUGAAAGAGAUAUUCCAAGUUAAAGAUGCGACACGAAGUCGGUAGGUUCAGUGAUCAAAUUUAUAAGAUUUUUUCCAGGAUGUGCGUAACGGAUUAUGUUUCUUUAGAAAUUUCGCCUGUAUUGUUCGUCAUUUGUAAUCAUCGUCGUCUGUAAAAUCUCUAACUAUCCUUGGAAACGUAUUAAGGAAAUCAAACCAGAUUAUAACUAUUUGUUCUUAUUAUAAAAAUUAUUAUUAUUAUUAUUAUUAUUAUUAUUAUUAUUAUUGUCAUUUCUAAUGUUAUUAAUGUUACUUCUUGUAGCAGGGACCCCAGCCCCGAUGCCAGGCAACACCUGAAAGAAUGGAUGAACCAAAAACGUUCAGAGAGAAAAGUGGAGUGGAGAGGUCGGCAGGAAGAACUGAGAGCGCAGGAAUACCAACCAUUUUUGUCUCCCACUCAGGUACCUAUAAACGACUUGUUAUUGUGUUGAGAACACGGCGAACGAAAGCAAUUAGGGAUCUUGCAGGAGGUGACCUUCCCCGACUACAUCUUUUUACAUAUUUUUUACUGCCACACGGCAAAUAUGCAAUGCUUGAGUAUCCUGGUCACGGGACCGAAAGGUCCUAGGUCUUUUUGUUUUGUGGUCUCAUAUGAGACUUUUUACCUUAACAGUGCAUAUACUCUCCCAGGGUUACAAAUGGGUACCGACAAACUGUUAAGGUCGCCUGACGAAAUGCAGGGGAUGGGGGCCUUCUCGGGUCAAGUCUUCUUUUCUCGGGUCAAGUAUCCCGAGAAAGAAGUCGUCGGCACGAUGAGCGCGGGCUAAUUUCCUGAACAGCAGCUGGUUAUCGAGCCUUACAAGCCGAAACCGGAUACGUUCCGGUAGCCAACUUAAUCAGUCUUGAAUGCAGACUUUAACUUUUCUCUGUGGUGUAUGCGAGUCUCUCUCGCAGCCGUUCCUUGAGAUGUCACGCAACGCCCCCUAGAGAACACGCUAAAGAACGGCUGCGAGAAAGACUGGGCUUGAAUGUCUGUGCAAGUAUUAAACCUUGUAGUAUUUGAACCAUAUUUGCAUAUUUCUCGUUCCCAGGGCUCUACAAGUUUUAAAAAGAUUAAGUUGAUGGACAAGGAGAGAAGCGCGAAACGCAGGUAAGACAUCGAUUCGUUGUCUUUUAUUCUUCUUGGCUCUUUGUCUCGCAUUAACCUUGAUAGUGGCACAAGUGGAAUUUCACAACUGUCAAGUUUUGAAUGGAGUUUGUUUGUUACAAUUAAAAGGCGGGUUUUCUAAAAGCGAUUUGUUACACAUCCUUUGGAUUUCCUCUUCAAAACAAGUGUACGUUAGGGCUCAAGUUGUAUAUGCAUAGAAGAUGAAAAAUUGGUCACUGGUUUUCGGCUAUAAUCUUCGACAGAAAUGCCUGGAACCCUUUCCUAAGGCGUCUAACAGUAAUCGCAUCUGAACUGUUGCCUUCACCCUCUUUAGACUAAAUUGCAUUUUUUGUGUGUGUGUGUUAAAAAAUAGGAGGAGCAUCCUAAACAUAUCAAUCUGGGGAUUUUGAACGAACCAGCCCAGAAGUUUUCGCCCUCACCCAUAUUUUAAAAUUAAUUCACAGGAAAAACGAAGACCAGUAUAAAAAACAAAGGAUCGAAUCGGCGUCCAAUCUUCUCUCUGAGAUGCUAGCCGAGCCAGUUCCCAAGCCUACGGAUCGUAAACCAAACCUUCGAUACGCAGGCAGCGUGAACACGCGCUACUCAACUUCACUUGCGGAGAAAAAGAAACGAACAAGUGAUCGAUACAAAAAUUUACCGAAAGCAAAGUCUAGAGGUAAACGGGUGCGACAAGAUUUCGUGGAGAAACCAGUGAACAAGAAAGAAAAUCGUGUGCAGGAAAAACAAUCUCUCGUUGAUUCGCCGCAUCCUGAAGAGUUCUCGAGGAAAGCUCAGAUUUCAGUUAGAUCUCAAUAUACUUCUCGUCGUGAUUUUUUACAGACAAGCAGCCCAUCUGCUUCAGUUCAGGAAAACCUAUCGGAUCUGCUAGAAGGAAGUAUUGACGUUAAAAGUGGUAGGUUAGUCAAAGAAAAUCUACCUGCUGAGGACGAUGUUUGGCGCUCGAAUUCUCCGACUGGCGCCGAAUUUGUGACGAUACAAACGUAUCGGAGUUUCGCAAAGAAUCAACCGAAGAGGGUUAAAGCUAGAGAAGCAUCUAGGCGUAAGCUUCCCCUUGAGGGGAUAGGUGGGUAUGGCUUUUCGCAUCAGCCUCGAGGCACAGAUCACUUGGGAAGAACUUUCUCUAGGACACGCCAGACUGACCCUCUCCUCCCUGGGGUUAGAACGUUAGCCGAGAUAGAUCGUCUUAUAGAAGACAUUCCAGAUGAUGGCUCCACCAUGGAUCACGAGAGGUUGGAGGGAAUCGAAAGCUUGCUAGAAGGUGAUGAUGAACUGAGGGAGUUGUUGUCCGAUGUUAACUGGCGCGCUGAUGCUAAGGUACAGUAAAAUAUGUGAAUAUAGGAGUAACAGUUGAUCGUGUGAUUUUGAACGUCCGGGUGAGAGUAGUCUCGGAAAGUUCUUUUGUCAAUAGUAACAAUUGACCGAGAGAUGGAUCCAGGAGUAUUUUUAAGCGGAGUGGGGGAAGGACGACGAAACUUUAAAUAAGAAAACACUAAAUUUUUUUUUCGGCAAAUUACUUUCUUGAUCAACCCACUGACACUAUUGCGGCGCAAUAGUGUCAGUGGUCAAAAUCGAUUCUGAUGAUUACUUUGUUAAGGUUGUCGAAACAUCAGUCACUGUCAAUGACCUCAGUUCUUCUUGGGAUACGCUCAUGUAGAUGAUCAAACUACACAAUCAAAUGAUUUUGAAGGGAUUUUUUUUUUCGGAAUAAAUAACUUGAUAGUAUGAGGUCCAUAAGAAGAAUGGAAAGAAAAUUCGUUUCUCUUUUUUUCAGCCUCAGAGGAGUGAUUUCGCCAGACCGACCCGAGGGUAUUCCGGCAUCGAAAAAGGUAAAUAUGCAAUAUUUUUCAUGCGACAUUGCGCACACCAGGUUGUGGCUGACACCGCCUAAGCUUGUCCUAUCCCCCAUUGCAUGUGAUGAUUUUGUCCUGCUAUCCCCUGUUGGGUGGGACCAUCAUUGAUCAGAAAUUAAUUAGGUUUUCCUGAAAAUUCACUGACACCCAUUUACAUCCGUGGGUAGAGAACAGCACUGUGAGAGUUUCUGCGGCUCAAGAAAUCACCACUCGAACGGGCACUGACAUCCAGGGUCGAGUGCUCUAACUAAGAAGUCAUCUCGCCUUCCAAAUUUUGUUGGACUAGCCCGUGCAGAAGCCACUCGUUACUCGACAGCCCUUAAAGACUGAGAAUUUAGACUUCCGUACCAGAUGGUGAAUGAAAAAAUAAAGUAGAGUCAUUCCAACUUUGUUUUCCUCUUCUUCUCUUAAAGGAGAUUCCCUGACUGCGCAUUUAUUAUUUUCGUGGCUAGCUUAUUCCUCAUAUUUCCUUUGAUUCAUCUCUCCUUUCUAGAUAACUGGCGAAGUAGUGAAUACCAGAUCGACACACCUCGGAAUACUGAGCCUGCAGUUCCCACCGGCGGAAGAACAUUGUCAGAACUUGAUGAUGACGUCAGCCCGUGGAAUACUAGAGAGAGCAUGCGCACGUCCGAGGAUGUUGCUCAGCUCUUGGUAAGUUGCGAGAUAGUCGCUAUACGUCUUCAAUUCUUAGAAAUUGGAGGAGUUAGUAACUUGUCUACUUGGCCCACAAGAUAAGCUGGGGAUGGCUUCUGCUCAUUUUGAUCGUCACAAUAUCAGUCACUGUCUCUUUUAAUCGAUCAUUUUAAAGAAAACCAUCACCCGAGCGAUCAGAAAUAUGAUCGGCCAUUAACGACAGUGCUAUACCUUUCCCUAUUCCGUGGAAAUCUGUUGAAGUUGGUUUAUUUAAAGUUUUUAUAUGAAAAUUAUUGGCCUGUCCAAGAGAACCAUUUAAAAUUUGGUGUCGUCCUCAGAAGAUCGGUCUUUUCCAAGAGCGUGAAAACAGAAUGACUGAGUUUUGUCUCAGUCAAUCGCUGAGCUUAGUAGAAACAAAUUGAGUUAAAGCUUGAGUUGAAUUUUAAACAGUUCUUAUUUGUCUAAUUGGUAUUGUUAUUCCAGGCCGAAGUGGACGAGGCUGUAGGAAAUAUGUCGGAGAGUAGUGGCAGUCUCAGAAGUCACAUUGAUUGGGAAGAAGUGGACAAAAUCAUGAAAGAAACGUAA